AUGUCUGAUGUUUCUGCUGUGAAAAACAGAGAAACGCCAGACGAAUGGCUGCAUGCUGCGAAUUCCAUUGCCGCCCUACAAACAGUAAAGACUCGUAUGAUGACACCUUACACUCAAACACAACAACAAGAAGAAGAAAAAGAAGAACAAGAAAAAGAAGAAAAGUUGUUGGGUAUUGAAGUAGAUGUACGUGUACUUCCCAAUAGUCUUAUUCCUAUACUGCGUCAUGAUCCCAUUUCUGUGGAUAUGGAUUCCGUUGUGAAACUCACCGAGUGGCUGGAAACCCUUGCGGGAAUCGUAUCUACACAAGAGAGACGAAUAGGCGUAGUAAAGUUUGAUUUUAAAGAUCCUGCAGCGGCGGAAUUAUCGUAUCAAUUGUUUUCAAAAUCACUAGAAUGGUAUAAAACGUUGCGUAAAUGUUUUUCAUUCUGGUGGAAUGCCGAUGUUGUGAUGGCAGUCACUCCACCAACAAGUAGUAAUAGUAAUAAUAAUAAUAGUAAUAACUCUGAAGUAUCGUUUCUUUCACUUCCUUCUGUUAAACUUCAUCAUAUGAUUUAUACAAUUGUUGAUCAAUUUGGAUUUGGUCUUUCCUUCGGGUGGGUACUUCCCGAUGGGUUUCACAUGUAUGAUGUGAGGGAUAUACACAAUAUGCGAGUUUUUCUACAAUCACUUGCGGCCCGUGAAGAGAAAUGGCAUUCCCGUCCAUCAUGUAUUACUUUUGCUGUACGCUACAGUGCUGUCUUUGGUGAAGAGCAUCAUAGUAAUAAUAAUAAUAAUAAUAAUAAUAAUAAUAGUGAAAAGUAUACUUUUCUUUGGCAAGCAAUGGAUGAGUUAUUACAGGAGGCAAGUUGUUUAUUUACCGUUGAUAAUAAUAUUCCACCGUGUUUUCUCACCUUUUGGCGUGGAAGGAAUGAAAGCAUCACGGAUGAAGAGAUUGCUAUUGCAAAGGCACGUUUUCCUACGUGUACAAUUGAUGUGGAUUGA